GUGAAUGUAUUUUCACCAUAUUUGUGCCAGUAAUCAAUUCAGUUCAGCUAUUUUGAGCCGCAUUACUAUUGUGACAUUACAGAUUAAAGUAGGGACAUUUGCCCCAGGGGCUCCAGAACACUUAGAAAGAUAUUUGGACAUUUGCGUAGCCUACUUGUGAGAAGGAACCGUAUUUGAUUUUGGCCUAAUCUUAGAAAAAAAAUAAUAAAACCCAAAACAACAAAAAUACCCGUACCCUUUGAAAGUAGCUUUUAUGUGACAUAUUGGAACCUUGACUGCACGAUGACAAAUUUUUUGCAGUUGUGUCAAUGACAAAGUUCAACGUGGGGAUAUAAAGUAGAUAAAAAAGAGGGGUUUAUGUAGAUCCUUUGCAUAUUUAACAUGUCAAAUCUUGUAUUUCUUGCAAUCCAGUGUGUGUUCGUGGUCCCACUGACCAGCUGCGCAGCAGGCCGGAACAGAUCCAAUGUGCAUGCGAAGUGUAACCUAGUGGACAUUGGGCCUUGUUUGAAAUGCACGAGAAGGGGCUAUGGGCCACCUGCCGGAUGGGGCUUGCCCUGUUUCAAUCCUCCCAAAUCCCGCCUUUCAACCGGGAACCAAGCUGGGGUUCUUUCGUGUGGGCCUGAUCCAUCGUUAAGACUUGGGCAAAUAUUGAACAAGCUUGGGCCCAGACUCAAACGCAUCUGUUGUCAUACAGUCUCCAUUCUCCUGGUGGCAUAGAGACACAGUUGAACACCGACGCACAUUUUGACACACGUCCUGCUUUUCAAUCAAAGACGUAAGAUGGUGCGGCCGCUUCUUUGAAAAUAACCUCCAUUUUGGAACCGCAGUCGAUGGAACAGAACCCCCACAAAAUGGAGGUCAAGAAAAAGAAGUUACUGGAAAAUAUUUGUAUGAAAACAAAGCUGAUCAAGCUGAUAAAGCCAGGUAAAAAUGCAGCAGACAAGCAGAAGAAGAAACUGGAAAUCCGGCGCAGUAUAUCCGUACCGGACUUAAGGCCUGAGGAGGACAACGGGCUUGCUGCUAAAAGCGCCUUACCCAAAAUGUCCGAGGCCACAUUUUUUGGCAAUUUACAUUUGAGUGAUAGUGAUUCUAUAGCAAGCAGUUCCAUCGCAGAGAGCUCGAUUUCCUCAGAUAAAGAAAUUAGCUUUAGGGUUCCUGUAGAUCCUUCCACAUUCCACACUCCAUAUCUCAGUGAGGAAGUUAAUAGUGUGCUGCAGUCAAACAUGGAGAAGAAAGAGAACAUAUCCGUCAACUGGCAACCCAAGAGGAAAGGACCUAUUAUUAAUCUCGACCCUCUUCCGAAGCAACGAACCGUUUUUACCAGACCGCAUUCCAGCUCACCAAGACCAGAUUCUCCAAUGAGCACUGAGAGAUCUUGGACAUCCGAGGCCACCCCAGCACUGAUCACUCAAGCGCUGGCCAGAGCCAACUCAAUGGGAGAACAAACGUACGUCAACUCGCACCAGAAGGCUGUGCAUUUCAAGCAGGACCGACCACCAUCAGAAAAAGGCAGCAUGUCAGAACACAGAGAAAACACACCUCUGACAUUGGAUUGUCUUGGUAAACCUGUAGACAGCGCAGAUGGCUGUAGCGAGUACUGUUUGUCCGGGGAGGACCAGGUGGCCAUGCCAUGGUUGACAGACACAGAGGGACUUGACCCGGAUGUUGUGCUUUCCUCCAUCACAAAUGACUGCAGCAUUGAGGAAUCUUCAUUAGAAGGAGUCACUCAGGAUGAAAUUGAGAUGUCCAGUGAACCAUGUGAAUAUUUUGACGAAGUUCUUUCAGAGCAACUAGAAAACACGAUUUUGACAGCAGGUCCAGACGUCCAAGUCCCAGCCCCACUCCAGAGGUACUUGCUUUGCAUCAGCUUGAAACAUGGACAAAACCUGGUCAUCCGAGACAAACGCGGUACGAGUGACCCAUAUGUGAAGUUCAAACUGGAAGGAAAGCAAUUCUACAAGAGCAAAGUGGUUUAUAAAAACUUGAAUCCUAGAUGGAAUGAGUUCUUCUCCUAUCCCCUGAAGGACAGAGAGCAUAUUGUGGAUGUCCGGGUCUAUGAUAAAAAUCUGACUACUGAUGAAUUCAUGGGUUCUAGCACCAUUCCGCUAAAGAAUCUUGAGCUUUACAAGACUUACGAAAUGGAGUUGCCCCUCACUGAUCCUAAAAGCAAAGAAGACGACAUGGGAGUCAUCUGCGUGGAUGUGUGCCUCAUGUUUCGAGAUGCCACCAUCAAACGAAACUGGAAAUGGCCAGCCAAAAAAACUAAGGCUACACAGUACUUGAGCCCGGCCGAGAUGCAGAGGAGUCAUUCCAAGAGCCGCCUGUGGACAGGUGCUCUCGCCAUCACCCUGGUGGAGGGCCAGGAUCUGCCUCAGUAUGGCCACGGAGACAUUUAUGUCCGCUUUCGUCUGGGCGAUCAGAAGUACAAGAGCAAGAACCUCUGCAUUCAACCCAAUCCCCAGUGGAGAGAACGGUUUGACUUCAAUCAGUUUGCAGAUAACCAGGAACCUCUGCAGGUGGAGGUGUUUUCAAAGAGAGGCAGGAAGGGUGAGGAAUCGUGGGGAAUGUUUGAGGUUGACCUAUCCAGACUUGUGCUAAAUGAGCGACAGCUCUACACUCACAUGCUGGAUCCAGGAAAGGGCAGGCUGGUGAUUUUGGUUACCCUGCUACCUUGCUGGGGAGUCUCUGUCUCUGACAUCGAGGCUGCUCCUUUGGAGAAGCCUGACGAGAGGGACUCUGUGGUGGAAAAAUUUAGUUUAAGUAACUCGUAUAAAUGCAUGGGAGAAAUCGGUUUCCUCCAGGUCAAGGUUUUAAAAGCGAAUGAUCUUUCAGCUACGGACCUCAAUGGAAAAAGCAACCCUUAUUGUGUGAUUUCACUGGGAAAUGGCAAUCUUCAAACCCACACCAUCUACAAGACUGUCAAUCCGGAGUGGAACAAAGCACUCACAUUCCCAAUUAAGGACAUUCAUGACGCGGUGGAGUUGACCAUCCUGGAUGAAAAUGGCGACAAAACGCGAAACUUUUUGGGCAAAGUGGCAAUCCCAUUACUGACAGUACAAAAUGAGCAGCAAAUUUGUCUCUACUUGAAAAAAGAAGACUUGAGUGGCCCAGCCAAAGGAACCAUCACUCUUGUGUUAGAGGUUAUAUACAACAACGUUAGAGCUGGGAUUAGGAGUUUCCAACCAAAAGAGGAAAAAUUUACUGAAGAGAAUGUAAAGUUCUCAAAAAAGGUUCUUGCCCACAACAUCUAUCGGGUUCGCAAAAUCAGCACAGCCGUUCUGUACACAUUACAAUACAUUAAGAGCUGUUUCCAAUGGGAGAACACGCUACGGAGCCUCAUCGCUUUUCUGAUCUUCCUAGUGACAGUAUGGCACUGGGAGCUCUUCAUGCUUCCGCUCUUUUUGCUCCUGCUCAUCUGCUGGAACUACUUUCAGCUCUAUGGCAGAAACAGCAACUCAAACCAAGAGCUGGUGAACAUGAACAUGGGUGAGGACGAAGAGGAUGAUGAGAAGGAAUCUGGGAAAAAGGGGUUGAUGGACAAGAUACAUAUGGUUCAAGAAGUUGUGUUGACUGUCCAGAACAUUUUGGAGGAACUCGCAAACAUGGGGGAACGAACAAAGAACUUAUUUAACUGGUCUGUUCCAUUCAUGUCGUGCCUGGCCUGUCUGGUACUCUUUGCAGCCACGUUGCUUUUAUAUUUGAUCCCACUGCGCUACAUCGUGCUCAUAUGGGGUGUUCACAAAUUUACCAAAAAGCUGCGCAACCCAUACGCAAUCGACAAUAAUGAACUGCUGGAUUUUCUCAAGAGGAUGCCAUCUGAUGUUCAGAAGGUGCAGUACAGUGCACUGAGAGCACCCACAAGCCAGAACCUGCCACGCAAGAAGAAGUAAGAGAGCAGGGGUUCGACCCAGUCCGCCUGACAAACAACGCACCGGUGCCACCAGAGCUCCGCCAAAGUGCCCUGGCUCUGCCUCCCUUUGCCCCCCAAGUCGCCCUCUGACUUGUGUGUUUGCCUCCCUGGCUGACAGCUGGAGAAAGAAGAGGAGGAGGGCAGCUCACGGCCCUGUCAAUCACCAGCUGGGAGGUAAAAAAAAAAAAAAAAAAAAAAGCGGUGCCUUCGUUUUUGGAUGUAGAGAAGGAAGGAGGCUUAACUCAGAUCUCCUAUUUUUUUUGUGUCAGAUAUUUGCCCCAAGCCAAAGUUAAUGCCGGACUUAACAGUUCGUGGAAAACAAACUAUGGCAAUAUAUUCCUCUUGAUCCACUCACUAAUAUAAUUAAAAGCCAAAGCUCAUUGGAUUUCUAAAUAACAGGGGGAAGGGGGAAUAUGUAUGUUUUUGCACUAUUGUCCUUUUUUGGUAAGGAUGUCAUAUCAACGCUAUCAGUUUACUUUAAUCACUGCAAACAAUUAUUUAUGCUGUUCUCAGUUAUUUAAAACAAUAAAUAAUGCCCUGAAUAAUCUC